AUGAAGCCAAGAACGUGUUUGAUCUUUAUGGCUUAUUAUAUUUGGGCUUUCUGGGUCUUGACACUUCAGACUAGUGCCUUACCCUUCGAAAUUGCGAGUGAACCAGUCGUCACAGAUAUAGUGACGUUUACAAUUUCUCAAGAGAACUCAGAUGCCGUAGGGAAAGACUCAGCUAAACAAUUGCAGGAAAUCGGAAACCUUGAGAUUGGAUUGUUCGGGCUAGUUGUACCUCAGACUGUGCAUAACUUUGUAGAAUUAUCAAAAAUGAGCCAAGGCUACGGGUACAAGGGAUGUAAGUUUCAUCGCAUCAUUAAAGAUUUUAUGAUCCAAGGCGGAGAUUUUUCGAAAGGAGAUGGUACUGGAGGCUAUUCGAUUUACGAUAAGGGCUCUUUCAAAGAUGAGAAUUUUGAAUUAAAGCAUAAUAAGUUGGGAAGAGUGUCAAUGGCCAACGCAGGUCCCAAUACCAAUGGAGCUCAAUUUUUCAUUGCAACCAACGAUGAUUUAAACUGGCUCGAUGGCUCACAUGUAGUAUUUGGCCAAUUGCUUAAUGGAUUUGAUACCUUGCAGACCUUGAAUGAGGUCCAGACCGGUAGUCGAGAUGACCCGAUCCCUUCUGUCAUAAUAACGGACAUCAGCAUUGAAAAGAUAGAUUUGAACUUCAAUAAUACUUUAAUAUUUGACGAUUAUAAGUAUAGUUUGGAUAAAGAAGGCUCAAAAGACUCGGUGCAAGUUCCACUACUUAUAGAUUCAACUCCGAGAUACUAUUAUUUCUUUGGAUUUUUUUUAUUAUCUUCGAUAUUAGUCUACGUUCGAAAAGUCUAUUUCAGGCGUCAACUCCUCAGAGAGGUUAAGGACAAGAAUUACUAUUAA